CUCCUCAGUUGUCGUCCGAGCGCGUUGCGAUCCGAGUCUUCGUUUUUGCAAUCCUUUCGACAGCGGCCCGGUCGAACGAGAGUGACAAGACUCGCUGUCUUAACUCGUCUCUUUAUCGAUUGCUAAUUUAGUUCCUCGCGCACGCUGUGCCGGAAUGACUUAGCUCGGUCCUCUUCAAAUUUGUUCCGGACCGUUCCUCGGAGAUGUCGCAUACCGUCGUCUACGAUGAAAAGUGUUGAAUCGUUCGGCUGUGUGACAGUGUCAAAAUUCGACCGAAUAAUUUCUGAACGAGUUUCAAGUGUGCCGAAUUUUAUGAAACAAUUAGAUAAGGACUAUGAAGAACGUCGUGAUGUAAUUAGAGCGAGGAAUUGAAUCGAGAAAAAGAAGAAAGAUUCGCUAAGAACCAUUCAAGUGAAGAACAACAAUAAUGACCGGUUUCAAAAUCGCAGCACAGUGACUCCGUAACAGGAUAAUUCGUUACUAGCCUGAGACUUCUCGUAAUGCGACGAACAAGAGUGAGAAUUGCGCAAAGAGGUUGUCGUUGUUCUUUCAUUUGAAUUUCCGUGAGUGAUCGAUAACAUGUGGAACCGGAAGGUGUUCAUCAGGAUCAUCGAAGUGGUGCUUUGUCUCGCUUGCGUGGUGGCGCUUAGGGUGACCGACGACGAGAGCCGGAGGGUGUUCCAUUUUUUGAGGAGUCGGAGCAGGGAAUGGUCCCUUCUGAAUAACGUCACAUGGGGUGCAAUAGGCGCCGCUCUAGCAACUGCGACUUGUGGUGGUUACAUAAUAAUUACGACGGGCCUUCUCAUUGCCGCUGCCACGGGAGAACUCACUGGUCGGAAGACGGAAUUGUUCUUCCUUGGACUCGGUGUUAUUCUUUUCGGCAUUGUUGGCGCUUUGUCAAUGGCUUCCAUUGAGAACGUUCCCGAUGAUUUGGUAGACAACGCCGCGGUGUUCGGAGCAUUGUGUUUACUGACGGCUCUGGUGUUCAUCGCUGAUUUGCUGAUGGGUUCCCCGAAGAAGAAAAUUAGUCCAGCCAUGGCAGAAUUGUCUAGUAAAAAAGCCAAACACUUGGCGGCCCUAACGACCGAAAAAGAAUCGACGCCGGCAAAAUCGUCUUCCAAAGCUGCCAAAAGCGACGACGGCACCGUGAACGACGGGUUCGACAAAGCUGAAGAGCGACAUCAGAAAAGCUCCCCCGACGAAAUCUCGGAGGAUCCUCGAAGAUGGGAACAAGAUCGUCCAACGAGCCAGACCUUCAAAAUGAUGCCCAGGGACGUGGAAAAUGGACAGGCGAUUCGCGACGAGUCCGAACGACGAGAGUACACGCAGAACUUCGAGAACGGUAGAGCUCUCAGAGAUUCGGCGAGACUUCGAAGCUCUGAGAUGCAGAAGAAUGGCAUCAGGGACUCGUACAAGUCGGACCACAGACUCGACAUGCCUAAGAUCGUGUACAAGGUUCAGGAUAUUUAUCAGCGACCGGUGGACGAAGUGGACACGCCCCGUUUUCCAAUGGAAAUGGACGCCAGAGGUGGAACCAUGUUCGCCAAGGUUGUUAAUCCAGGUGUGAAGAUUAUGAAGGUGGAGCACGACGUCGACGAGGCCUUCGAGUCUUACAGGUAUUCAGAUACCAGCCAAUACGACAACGUGCCAAUUCGCAUGCGAGGAACAUCAUCGUCCAAUCAAAAGAAGAAUCGCGACGUCACCUUCAACGUUCCGUCGCCGCCGAAAGGGUAUGGAAAGGCGUACGAUAGAUCAAAGGACGAAAUGGAAAUGCUGGAAGAGUGCUUCGGCUCCCUCCGAACGGCCAGCACAAGUACUCAAACACCCGGGGCAGCUCGAACACCCUCGUCACCCACUGAUCCUGGUUACGUUCGACACACUGCCAGCAAUUGGCCUCAGGAAACAAAAACGAGAACACCCGGUGGCAGCCCCGUUCAUGCCAAGAAUUAAUAAUCACCGGACUGCGAAUUUGAUGUUUUCAUUACAAAAAUGAAUAGCUGAAAUGUAAGAUCAAUUUAAUAAUAUUGUUGCACUGUUUUCAAAUUAUCGAUAUUCUUGACAGAAACAAUUUAGUUAUAUUUAAUUAUUGCUUCUUGCAAUCGUCUUGGAAAAUUUUUAUUAUGUACGAAGAUCCGCGGUUUAAUCAUCACACGCCUGCCAGCAUAACUAUUUAUUUGUGACAGUGAAUCAUUUUUUGUUUUAGAUAGUUUAAGCGGCACGAAAAAUGUAUUUUUACAAUUUUUUUUGACUUGAGACUCGAGAAGAACUUCUCUUAGGUUUCUUAGGUUUAAGUGUACAGGAUUUAGCGAUCAAUUUUGCGACAUUAUACUUUGGUUUGAUAGACAAAGAUUUUGAGACGAGUAGAUUUUUUUAGCUCUUUUUUCUGGAAAUUAAGUCAUUUUUAUUGAGGGUUUUAAGGAUUUCCUUUUUUAAUUAUUUAAUGUUGCGUUUAGGAGAUUUAUACAGUCCAUAAAUGAGUGUUUCCAGUCUGCCGUUGUGUCCGAAAUAGUUCAGUUAUCAUUGAUGUUGUUCAUUUUGUUAAUAUAUUGAAAUAUAUUUUAUCUUCGACUCUUGAACGUUUAAGAAUAUUGCAUAUGUCUUUUCACUGAGAACAAAGUAAUGGCUUUAUCGUAUUUAUUGUGCAGAUUGUAUUUAAGACUAUCUUUUUAUGAUUUAUUGUUUUGUAAUGAUCAUUAUUUUUAUUCACUGCCCCCGGAUACCAAUAAAUAUAUACAUAAUUCCGGUUUUGUCAUUUAUCGUUUGGUUAAACAGUACAUUCUAUCCUGACAUAAUAAAAAAUGUCACCUUCGUCUAAUUACUUAACAAAAUCCUGUACUCUCCAGAUAAUUAAACAUUUCUAAACUCUAA